ACUAUAAAAUGUAAGGAACCUGGAGUCCAGACACAGAGAGGACAAAAGAGGAAAGGACAAACAGAGAGUUGCAAGGCAGUGAAGAAAAAUGGCUCACAGAAGAUGCAUUGGUAGGAAACCUUUCAUCACAGUGUUGUAUAUGGUGGCAGUGUGCAGCGGCGUCCCCGUAAGUGACCUUCUGGACAGAGCCUCUCAGCACUCUGACAAACUACACUCUCUCAGCACAACACUCACCCAUGAGCUGGACUCUCAUUUCCCUGCAAUGGGCAGGGUGAUCAUGCCCCGGCCGUCAGUAUGCCACACAUCCUCAUUACAGACACCCAGUGACAAAGAGCAAGCGCUUCAAGUGUCUGAAUCAGAACUACUCUCACUGGCACGUUCCUUGCUCCAAGCCUGGGUGGACCCUCUGGUGGUCCUAUCCUCCUCUGCCAACACCCUGUCUCACCCAGCUCAAAGCAAAAUAAUCAACAAAAUCCUUGAGUUGCAGGAACAUUCCAAGAACCUUGGAGAUGGUCUCAAAAUCCUGUCUGGCAAGAUGGACCCAACAGCUCAGACCAUCUCCUCGCUGCCAUACAGAGGAGGCAAUGACACUGGUCAGGACAGGAUCUCCAAACUGAUCAGAUUCCACUUUCUCUUGUCCUGCUUUCGCCGAGAUUCCCACAAGAUCGACAGCUUUCUGAAAGUCCUCCGCUGCCGGGCAGCAAAAAUACAACCUCACUUGUGCUAA